AUGGCAUCUAAAGUCCUUAGGGUUGGGGUGAUUGGCGGAGGCGAUGUUGCCCAAGUUAUCCAUUUACCCAUCCUUCAGCUACUCUCUCAUCUCUAUACCGUUAAAAUUAUCUGCGAUAUCUCCAAAAAGACAGCUGAUCACUGCGCGACCAAGUUCGGUAUUCCAAUCGCGACAACGAACCCUGAAGAUGUCUUUAAGAGUGCCGAUGUUGACGUCAUCUUUAAUCUUACAUCUGAUGAGUUUCAUGCACCAUACACCAUCGCGGGCCUUCAGGCAGGAAAGUCUGUCAUGGUUGAGAAACCCAUCACCCUGAGCUUGCAAGCUGCACAGGAGAUUCUGGAUGCUGAGCGAUCUGCGCCGAAUGGUGCCCGUGUUUUUGUGGGCUAUAUGCGCCGCUAUGCACCCAGUCUACAAGCUUUCAAACGUGAAGUAUCGACCAUCAAAUCUAUCAAAUACGCGCGUGUGCGCGAUAUUAUCGGUCCAAAUGCCUAUUUUAUUGGUCAAUCCGGCGCCUCUCCCCUCAAAUUCACUGAUGAUAUUUCCGCAGCAGCUGGGGUUGACCGACGGGAACGAUUCAGCGCCCUAUUGGAGCAAGCUUGGGGGACGCCAUUUGCGGAGCUGAGUCCUGAGCAGAUAGACUACUGUUUUUUACUCGCGAAUCUCGGAAGUCAUGGACUUAGUUUGAUGCGUGAAGUACUUGGUGGAUUGCCCGAGGAGGUUCUAGCUUCCACGGAUAAUGCCCGCUGGUACACGACCAUGUUUGACUAUAAGAAUCGGACUGAGCCUCAUGAGCGAUUCACCUGCUUAUACGAGACUGGAAUCGACAGCGUCCCCCGCUUUGACUCCCAGGUAGCUGUCUUUGGGGAAGAUAAGAGUGUCACAAUUUGCUACGACACCCCAUUUGUGAAGGGUUUAGGAAUCACCGUGGAAAUUGAUGAACUCAACGAGCAUGGAGAGAAGUGUCACCGCAGUAUUCAAACUUCCUAUGAAGACGCCUAUACUGCUGAGCUGAGGGAUUUGCACGAAUGCAUAGCAGCAGGGAAGGAAAUUAAAACGACUGUUGUUGAUGCUAUGAAGGAUCUGGAGUUGUUUGACAUGAUGAUGAAGAAGUACCCUAGCUACAAGAAACAAGGAAAGGCAGGUAAUGGUGGCAGUUUCUUGCCCUCGGGUCCUUAG